AUGGUAGUGGAAAGAAUUUCAACAAAAUGGUCAUCAGCAUCGUUACGUGGCUUUACAAUCACCCACAUGCCUUAGCUCCACUUCCUUAUUUCACCACCAUACCCAUUCUCCACUCUCAAUCUUGUGAUUCUCACUCACAACAAUGGCGGAUGAGAAGCAGAAGCUCAACGGCGGACUCCCCGGACGGUCCUUGGUGGAGGUCUCUCCCAAACCCAGUAAAGGCCUUGUAUCCAAGGCCACCGAUUUGUUGGAGAAGCUCUUUGUCAAGCUUAUGUAUGAUUCUUCUAAGCCUCAGCACUAUCUUUCCGGUAAUUUUGCUCCGGUUCAUGAUGAGACUCCUCCGAUUACUGAUCUCCCUGUUAAAGGUUAUCUUCCGGAAUGCUUAAAUGGAGAGUUUGUUAGGGUGGGACCAAAUCCGAAGUUUAGCCCAGUUGCUGGCUACCACUGGUUUGAUGGAGAUGGCAUGAUCCAUGGAUUGCGCAUUAAAGAUGGAAAAGCAUCAUAUGUUUCCCGUUAUGUGCGGACAUCAAGACUUAAACAAGAAGAAUAUUUUGGAGCUGCUAAAUUCAUGAAGAUUGGUGAUCUGAAAGGGUUCUUUGGGUUAAUAAUGGUUAACAUGCAAAUGCUGAGAGCAAAGUUAAAAGUGUUGGAUGUUUCGUAUGGAACUGGGACAGGUAACACGGCUCUCAUAUAUCACCAUGGAAAGCUGCUAGCACUUUCGGAGGGAGAUAAACCUUAUGUUAUAAAAGUGUUGGAGGAUGGAGAUCUGCAGACGCUUGGUCUGCUGGAUUAUGACAAGAGAUUGACACACACCUUCACUGCUCAUCCAAAGGUUGAUCCAGUCACUGGCGAAAUGUUUACAUUUGGUUAUUCUCAUUCACCGCCAUAUGUUACCUACAGAGUUAUUUCCAAGGACGGUCUCAUGCAUGACCCAGUACCAAUCACGAUUCCAGCUCCUGUCAUGAUGCAUGACUUUGCAAUUACAGAAAACUAUGCAAUUUUUAUGGAUCUUCCUUUAUAUUUUAAACCCAAGGAAAUGGUGAAAGAAAAUAAGUUAAUUUUCACAUUUGAUGCUACAAAAAAAGCUAGGUUUGGUGUGCUACCAAGAUAUGCAAAAGAUGACUUGCUUAUCCAAUGGUUUGAGCUUCCAAAUUGUUUCAUAUUUCAUAAUGCUAAUGCUUGGGAGGAAGGAGAUGAACUAGUUUUGAUUACUUGCCGUCUUGAGAAUCCUGACUUGGACAUGGUCAGUGGGUCUGUUAAAGAGAAGCUCGAGAACUUCUCAAAUGAGCUGUAUGAGAUGAGAUUCAAUCUUAAAUCUGGUUUAGCUUCACAGAGGAAACUCUCAGAAUCUGCUGUAGAUUUUCCUAGAGUGAACGAAAGCUACACUGGCAGGAAGCAACAAUAUGUAUAUGGGACUACGCUGGAUAGCAUUGCAAAAGUCACAGGGAUCGCUAAAUUUGAUCUUCAUGCUGAACCUGAAACUGGAAAGACGAAGAUUGAAGUUGGAGGAAAUGUUCAAGGCCUCUAUGACCUUGGACCUGGUAGAUUUGGUUCAGAAGCUAUCUUUGUUCCCCGCGUACCUGGCACCACUUCAGAAGAAGAUGAUGGCUAUUUGAUAUUAUUCGUACACGAUGAGAAUACUGGAAAAUCUGCAGUGAAUGUUGUAGAUGCAAAAACUAUGUCAUCUGAGCCUGUCGCAGUUGUUGAAUUGCCACACAGAGUUCCAUAUGGGUUUCAUGCCUUCUUUGUUACAGAGGAGCAACUUCAAGAACAAGGAAGGCUUUAACUGUACAGUUAUUUUUCAUGACUAGAAGACCUGAAGACCUGAAGAAGACGAGCAAACAAAUGUUAGCAUGUAAUAUAUCCAUCUUUUAUCUUGACAUACUUUUACCUCUGCAUGUUUUAUUAUGAUUAAUUUAUAAUAUAUUGUGCUUCCUCCCUCCCUUCCCCCCAAGAUCUGUAAGUGAAAACUUGCAUUUAUGAAUAAGAAAUCGCCUUUCUCAUCGUAAAGAA